CUGAAUUCUACUGUACUAAACAUUACCAGUUCCAUCGAGAUGAAACCAGACGGAGAUGAAUGCCCGCAUUGCUGGUCCCGAUCCUCUACCGUGCCCAUUCAUCAACGCCGCCGUCGACCACCACAUCCUAUCAUCAAUCCGGUGGCGCUUAUCCUACUCAUUCCAAUCGUUGCACUUCUGGUCAUAUUCUUCCUGCUUCCCCCCUUUCUGUCCCAUACACAAAACCUUCUUAGGCCCAAUUCCGUAAAGAAGAGCUGGGAUUCGCUUAAUGUAUUGCUGGUGAUUUUUGCUAUUAUUUGUGGCGUUUUUGCUAGAAGAAAGGAUGACGUAUCGGCGGCCGUUGAGAGGGACGUUUCCCCGGCUCCAUAUUCCCGUCGGAGAGUUUACGAUACCAGUCGGACUGGAGUACCGGAGACUGGCCGGCUGCUGAGGACCAGCUCGUAUCCAGAUCUGAGGCAAGUGCCGGCUACGGAAACUGACGAGAACCGGUACCGGUUUUACGAUGAUUUUGAGGUGAAUCGGUAUGGAUCGAAGGCGGCGGAGUUUGAUCGCCACCGUCCACGUCGGAGUGAAAUGGAGACAGAGGCGAAUGAUAUCAAAGUGAUUCCUGAAGAUACAGAUGGAAUUCGGAAUCCUCCGCCUCCGCUUGCCUCCCCAUCGACGCCGGCGCCACCUCCAUUGCCGCAACAGCCGUCAUCAUCGCGGACAAAGUUAAAUCGGAGAAGAUCCUUACAUAGUGUUCCGCGGAAGGAAAAUGUUGAAAGGCAGAGUAAUGUAAGAGCAUCGGAGUUUGUUGACUGGCGGUCCCCACCACCACCACCGCCACCGCCGGCUGCGACCGCGCAUUCUUCGUUAAGAUCAAUGGAAGACACCCCGAAACUUCAGAGGAAGAAGAGCGGAACGAAGAAGGAAAUCACCACAGCUAUAGCUUCCCUAUACAAUCAGACGAAAAGGAAGAGGAGAACGAAACCUAGAAGCGAGAGCACAUCUGAUCACUCACCGCCGUCUGAUUCUCCUCUGCAACCACAAACCCCUCCUCCACCUCCGCCUCCCCCGCCAUCUAAGGGAUUCCAAAACCCCUUCAAAAAAAGUAGCAAAAGUAAACGCGUGCAUUCUGAUUCUCCCAUGGCUGUGCCGUCGCAACCUCCUGUUCCGCCGCCGCUGCCACCAAAUUCAAUUUUCAACAAUUUUUUCAAAACAAGCAGCACAAGCAAACGGUGCAAUCAAUCACCAUUAACUACUCCUCCACCUCCUCCGCCCCCGCCACCACAUUCUUCUCUAAUGAAAAAUGGAAAUCAAAGCAGACGAGCCAAACCUGUAAGCCGAACAUCUGCAACUCCUCCGCCUCCACCGCCUCGUCCACCGCCAUCAAAUUCUUCAUCAAGUCGCAAAAAACCAUCCGUAGCCGUAAAACCGCCAAUGUCAGAUACGACAACGAUAAACCACACCGAUGAUAAUUUGAAUAGCGGCGGGCAGUCUCCACUAAUACCAAUGCCUCCACCGCCACCUCCGCCGCCGUUUAGAAUGAGGGAAAUGAAAUUCGUCGCUCGCGGGGACUUUGUUCGGAUCCGGAGUGGCCACAGCUCUUGGUGUAGUUCACCGGAGAUUGAAGACUGCGAUUUGAUGUCAAUGAAAUCGGAGCAAACCGAUGGGGAGGAUGUGAUUGGGCCAGCAGUGUAUUGCCCGAGCCCGGAUGUUAAUUCGAAAGCGGAAAGCUUUAUUGCUCGGCUCAGAGAUGAAUGGCGGUUGGAGAAGAUGAAUUCUUUGCGGGAACACCGAAAGUUGGGCUGAGUGACAGAGCUGAUUGUAGGUCCAAUAACAAAAGCUUCUGCUUCUUUUCACAUUGGGCCAUGGUCCAUUUCCGUAUUUCAGCCUAAGUUCUCUUUCUUUUUCACUUUUGUUUUUCCCAGCCUUUAUUUUUUAAUUUUAGACCUUGUUAAUAUUCAGCGAGAGAGUGAAAAUAGGGACUGAUUUACUUUGGUUACAUAUAUUAAAACAUUUCUUUUUUUGUUUGGUGAGUUUCAUUUGAUCUAGCGAG